AUGCCCGCCGAUAGCCUAGACAGCCUUAUCAUAUCUUACCACGACUUCCAGCGAUACAAUGGCCACCACGCCUUGCACACUCUCGAACUCCCUCGGCCCUCUAAUGACAACUCGGCCCUCCUUAUCGAUCCCAAGGCUACUCCUCACGAUAUCACGCAAUGGCUCCGGCAACCAGGCACAAACCCAAACUCGAGCAAUGCCACCAUGAAGAUUUUGCUUAUCCAAACCCAUAAUCAGUCCACUGCCAAACGGCCACCAAGCCUUUUGGCUAAUCCGAUCCCCCUGUCUCAACAAUCGCCCGUAUUCCAGACUUCCCAACACCAGAAGCAAGCAGAGUUCGUUAUUGACAUACUUACCAAUCUCGACCUUCCACUGGCGGCAUUCGGCGCAUAUCUGAAAGCCCACCUGACCUUUGUCUGCGUUCCCCCUUUUUCAUCACAUUCUCCGUCCGAUAAUGGACCCAGAAACACGUCGACGGCCUAUUACUGUUCCGGGACUAGUUGGACGGUCACGUGGUCGCAUAACUUGACCACCAAUCACACCGCAGCUGUCAUGUGGUAUCGUGAAGGCGAUGGUGACCAACGAAAGAACGAGGUCCUCACAGACCUUCUUCGUCUGCAAACUCACCUGUCUCAUCCCAUGCUCCUUGGCUAUAUCAAGACUAAGGUCUCCUUGAGUUUCACUUUCGACAUGUUGGACGACAUGAAUCGAGAAACCCUCGCUCUCGAACAAGAAAUUGGAUUCCCGACCUGGAACUGGGUACUUGAUCGCGUGGAGCCAGGACGAGGUGUGGGUGAAACGCAAGAUCAAGCUGUCGAAGGAUUCAAUAUCCUUUCCGGCAAGCUCACAAAUAUCCGCUUCCGACUGAAGACAUUUCAGCAGCAGAUCAAGUUCAUUUCGAGGUGUAACAACCAAUAUCGAAAGUCUCUCGACCGAUCUGCGCCGAACUUUCAAUCAGCCUGGCGCGAGUGCCAAGAACUCGACCAUUUCAUGAAUGUCAUGUGGGAUUAUACCUUUAUCCACCUGUUUGACGCCGAUUCACUUGGCGAACGACUUCAUAAUGCCAUGGCCGCUGUCUUUCAGUUGACAACUCAGCGUGAUUCCCGUGCCAGUCUUGCAGUUGCUGACAUCAAUAAUGAGCUCGCGUGGCAAGGGAAGAAUACCAACAAGGCAAUGAGGACUAUUGCCUUCGUCUCAUUGCUCUUCCUUCCGGGCACAUUUGUCGCUUCGUUCUUUGAUACUCCGAUCUUCAACUUCGCCAUGCCACCGAAUCACAACCAGAUUAUCGUACCACUACCUUUCGCGAUAUACUGGACAGUGAGUAUUGUGUUGACCUUGGGUUUAGUAAUGGCGUGGAUUAGCUAUCUUCGACGGAGCAAGGAGAUGGAUCUGCUUGAACGGGAGAUUGAAAGAAAGCAAUUCCACGAAAGGAUUAGGAGACGGCAACCUGGCGGUCCUGCGGCAAUGUUGUUAGAGGGAAGAAACGUCAGCGAGACCAACAAGGCCUUUGAAAGACGAUCCACCUGGGAAUUCUUGGUGAGGAAUAGGCCUCGCGAUGGCCACAAUGCAAGAGAUGGCGCCAGAGGUCAGAGAGUCCAAGAGACCUUGUAUGGGAUCCCGCUGGGGCAUCCACAUGCAAAUCCAGUGGUGGGCAUUGAGUCGAUGAAACCGGCCUAUCUCAACCCCCGAGGACGUGAGGAACGCGGCUGGCCGUCAGCAGUGUAG